AUGACGGAAUACAAGCUGGUGGUGGUGGGAGCCGGGGGUGUUGGAAAAAGUGCCUUAACAAUACAGCUUAUACAGAACCAUUUUGUAGAUGAAUACGAUCCUACAAUUGAGGACUCUUACAGAAAGCAGGUGGUGAUUGAUGGGGAGACAUGUUUGCUGGAUAUUUUGGACACUGCAGGCCAAGAGGAGUACAGUGCCAUGCGUGACCAGUACAUGCGAACUGGUGAAGGGUUCCUUUGCGUGUUUGCUAUUAACAAUAGCAAGUCUUUUGCUGACAUCAAUUCCUAUAGAGAACAAAUAAAGAGAGUGAAAGACUCUGAUGAUGUCCCUAUGGUACUUGUAGGUAACAAGUGUGAUUUACCAACCAGGACUGUAGACACCAAGCAAGCUCAGGAGCUGGCCAGAAGUUAUGGUAUUCCCUUCAUUGAGACCUCUGCAAAAACAAGACAGGGUGUUGAAGAUGCUUUCUAUACACUGGUCCGUGAAAUCCAUCAGUACAGAAUGAAAAAACUGGACAGCAGUGAAGACAGCAGCCAAGGCUGUAUCCGAUUGCCCUGCUCUCUCAUGUAA